UUCACAAAGGGCGUAAUGACUUAAACAACUUAAAGGAGUGGCUUCCAUACCUCAGUCCCAUCAGCAAUAUCAUUUAGCUUUGAAGUAAGCUCUCUCCAUUCUUCAGGUUUUCUGGUUUCUUUAUCUCUUUGGUCCCUAAGAUCUGCUAAAGAUGCAUAGUCUGGCAAGUUCUACCUCUGCCAAAGGCAUAGCCGCCAUUGUUGGUGUCGGACCUAAGCUUGGACGAUCCGUUGCCCGCAAGUUUGCUCAUGAAGGAUACACCGUUGCUAUCCUCGCUAGGGACUUGGGGCGAUUGUCAAGAUUUGCAGAUGAGAUAGCCAGGGAAGAGAAAGCCCAAGUGUUUGCAAUCAGAAUAGACUGCUCGGAUUCCAGAAGUGUUAAAGAAGCAUUUGAAGGAGUUCUUUCACUUGGAUUUGUUGAAGUUCUGGUGUAUAAUGCCUAUCAACCGGUUUCAUGGCACCCCACCAACUUCACUGACAUCAAAAUCGAUUCCUUUGAGAAAUCUCUUGCCGUUUCCUCCAUCGGAGCUUUCCUUUGCGUUCAAAAGGUACUUCCGGGGAUGGUGGAAAGGGGAAAAGGAACCAUUCUCUUCACUGGCUGCUCAGCUUCACUCAAUGGCAUUGCUGGUUUCUCUGAACUAUGCUGUGGAAAGUUUGCCCUGAGAGCAUUAUCCCAAUGCCUUGCAAGAGAAUUCCAGCCUCUCGGCAUUCAUGUUGCUCAUAUUAUCAUCGACGGAGUCAUCGGUUCACCCAGGGGGACAUCGACUUCGCAGCAGCAGCAGCAAAGCGGCGGAGACGUCGUCUGGGCGGUGAUGAUGAUAAAUCCAGACGCGUUGGCUCAGACCUACUGGCACUUGCAUGUUCAAGACCGGACCGCUUGGACCCAGGAGAUUGACCUCCGUCCCUCCACCACAAGACUAUAUUAGCCAUUAUUCCAUAUUCCCAUUUCCUCAACUUGCUCCUUUUAAACCUUCACAGCGAGAUUGACCUCCGUCCCUCCACCACCAGACUUUAUUAGCCAUUAUUCAAUAUUCCCAUUUCCUCAACUUGCUCCUUUUAAACCUUCACGGCUUCUACUAUAUGUCCUUUCCUCUCUUUCACACACACACAGUCAAUACUUUUCCAUUCUACACAGUUUUAUUUGUUUUCUUUACAAUUGUUGUUGCCUUAAAUUGGGUUUUCAAAAUUUAAUUA